AUGCUGAGGCAUCGCACGCUCAGAGCUCUGCAGAGGGUGGCCCGCCAGAGCCUCGAAGCGGGCAGGCCCAGUCGACAACUCAGCUUUGCGGCCAGCAACGCCCGUCACGCCCCUCUAGCAGGCCAACUCGCAAAAUUUCCCCGCUCCUUGCAAUCAUCAUGCGUGGGGCACGGGCGGUUCAAUUCCACGUCUGCAGUUGCACCCCUCAAGUCUUGUCCCUCGUGCGGCGAGGCCCAAGCCCUCGAGUCCCUCUCCUGCCCGUCCUGCUCCUCGCUGCAGCCGCUCCCUUCAGACAUCGACUACUACAAGGCCCUCGACCUCGACCUCGCCAAAGUUGGUCGGGGAGGAUGGGACGUCGACCCCGCAGCGCUCAAGCGCGUCUGGCGUUUGCGCAUGGCCGUCACCCACCCGGACCGGAUGAGCGGCCGCAGCGAAAAGGAGCAGCAGAUUGGCGCACAGCAGUCGGCCCUCAUCAACCGUGCCUAUGAGACCCUCAUGCAGCCCCUCCUCCGCGCUCAGUACCUGCUUGAGCGCCACAACGCUCCGCCCGUCGGCGAGGCCGACUCGUUGGAGGACCCUGAGCUGCUGAUGGAGGUCAUGGAGCUGCGCGAGAAGCUCGAGGAGGCCCAGAGCGAGCAGGAGGCGACCAGUGUCAGGGAGGAGAAUCAAAAAUUCCUCGACGCCGCGGUGGAGGAGCUCGGCAAGGCGUUCGGGUCCAGCCCGCCCAACCUCGAGACGGCACGCAAGGCGGCCGUCGAGCUCCGCUACUGGACCAACAUUGACAAGGCUGCGCGCGAAUGGAGCCCCGGCAAGCGUGUCGAGCUGCAGCACUGA